AUGGCCUUUGGAUAUGAAUCGAUGGUGAGCAAAAAGGUGAAAACAGAAAAUACAGGAGUGCUCUUGGAACAAUUAGAUCAAUUGGUUCCCGAAGGGAAAGCAUCAUUAGAGUGGAACAAUGAAUGGGAAUCUCCCGUAUUCGCAAGCAACGAUCUUCGAACGAAUCGCCACAAGGCAAUUAAGGCUGUCGCUCCUGCAGACAAAGCAUCAACGCUCGAUCUAGACGACGACUUUACGCGAAUAAUGAAUCGUAAUAUGUUUACUGACGAAUGGAAAAACUAA